AUGGCAUCAGAGGCAUCGAAGCCCUUCGCUCAAGUGACAAAGAUUCCUGCCAUCUCUUCCGACGAGCUCACAGACUUCCACGAAGCGCAUUUCUCCGCUGGCGCAACAGCACAGUUUACCGAUGUCUUUGUACGACCGGCGAUGGAUGCCGAAGCAGAAGAAGGCAACUCUUACAACGAAUAUACAGAAUACGACGAAGACGAUGGACUCGGCUACUAUGAUGAUGGUGUCAAAAGGACAUUAACGGACGAACAAAUCGAAAUUUUCCGGCAUUCAGAGCUUCACGAACUGGAAAAAGCACAAGAACGGGCAUUAUUAAAGAAGCAGAAGCGACCAUCAGAAGAAGAUGCCUCCGAAUCUGAUGCUAAAGACGCGCUGAAAACGAAGCAAUCUGAUGGCAGUAAAAAGAAGGGGAAGCGGAAAGCAAAACAGCAGCUGCGGCGAGAGCCAAAGCCCGAUUUACGCAAACGAACUUGGGACGUUGUCGACACUGGUCUCGAUUCGCUCGAUUACGAUUAAUGACUGUAUAUAUGACGAAUUUCUUUUAAAGCUACCAGCUCAUAUGAGCUAGUCUCAUCCAAGAGGUAAGGCUUCAUAUCACCAGGUCUCAAGCGUUGCGGCAUGCCCGGGGUUUAUGAUGAAACUCUUGUAUCGUCAUCCUUAGUCGGAUUCAUGUGCUGGGAGCAUAUGAACUAUUGGCCCCCUGGCAAAUAGGGAUGCGUCCUGCAGCCAUGACAUGACGAGAUAUAUAAUCUUCUCUCUGAGGCAGCCUCGUUUGCCAACAUCCGGACAUGCCGUUUGACCCUGGAAAAAAACACCUGCCCCCGGUUUCAACAGCUUUGGAUACACGUUCUAACAGAAAUCAUGUGUACAGAUGAGGAUAAUGAUAACAAUAUAUCCAAUGAAAUUUAAAUCUUUAAAAGAGGAGGCUGUUGGGGAGGCGCAUCUCAUAGCAACACGGCUGUAUGUGGCGGGAUGGAAUGCUGUCUGUACCAUGGCUUGUUUAUAUUGUACUCUGGUGAAUAAUACCAAUAAUCUUCAGCUUCGC